AUGGCUUCGACUGAUCCAUGGGACUGGUCUGUGGACGAUGUUGUGGAGGCUUUUUGCGGAUCGACAUCGAUAGCUCCCAGAACGCAAUUGCCCGAUCCACAGAUCUUCGAAACCAAGCUUCGCGAACAAGAGGUGAACGGCUCCACCCUCUUGACCGCCAUCGAUCAUGUUGUUCUCAAGGAAGAGUUCGGCAUCAAGCCACUCGGUCAACGGAACGCCAUAGUCCUAGCGAUCAAUCGCCUUCGCCCCCAAUCUCAAUCGUACGAAACUCAUAUCGGACUCCCUUCUACAAGCCAGAGUUCCUUCGGCGGGGGACCCUUCUCUCCGAGCCAGGUCUACCCUCUGAGCCAGCCCUUCACGCCAAGUCAGCCCUUCGCCUACCUCACUUCACCAGUGCCGAUAUCCUCGCCUUAUGUCCCCACUUACCGCGGCCUGCCACCGAUUCCCUCUUUCCCUUUGCCAAGCCCUGAAAGGACUCCGCACAGCCCUGUACGACAACCAGCACCUUCAGCUGCGCUAGGCAUAGACUUGAGUGUGCAUGUUCGGCCGGGAGAAAUACUUGUAGAAGACGAACAUGGCCGGAAGAGGCGCAAGCUCAAUUUGUCAGCGCCAUUGCCCCAAACCGACGAAGCACGGCCAGAACCCAUGUCGGUGGAUGUGAGAGAUGAGACAAUUCCAGAUAUAGGGCCGCAUGGUGGCCGACCAGGGCUGGGAUCUUUUCAGAUUGCCACGAACAGGAAAGAAUCACGUGACAUGCAACGACCAUCUAAGUAUCAGCAUGCUCGCAGCAGUAUUCGAGGCUUUCUCGGAAGACAAAAGCUUCCAGUGGACAGGGUAUUCUUUGAUGAAACUGAGAUAGGACAGGAGCUUCCCACAGACACAGACAUGCUCAGCACGGAAGAGGGCCUUAAAGCUGCAACAGGCUUCGAGUUUGCCUUCGUCAACUCUGCCGAAGUCGAAGGCGUUCAGCACUAUGUUCAAAAGCAGAUGCGACAUUUCAUGCUCGACCCUGAACGGGACGAAAUCACAAGAAGCGGUCAACCAGCAACAGUCGUCCGUCCGUAUCGCGACUCCCUGCGUGUCGACCAACCCAGGUAUGCUAUUCUAUUCGAACGGAAUGGAGAGCGUGUCAGCGCUACCAAGCAGGGCGCCUCCUUGCAAGACAGCGAUCUCCCUCUAGAUACGAAUGAGAAUCACGACUGGGACUUCUUGAUGCACUGGAGCAAAGACAAGGGAGAUGACGAAGUACUGCCGCCGCUCGGUGAAUCCGAUGACGACAGCGUGUACAGCUCAACGUUCAUUGCUGAGCUCGAGGCUGAGCGUAGGGACGUCGAGGAAAGCGCGAACAGCAAACGCGGCCCGUUGACCCUGGAGGAAAAGUUCACCGUCAUGGACGAAGAGAUCAGCAGUCUGGCGGAGAGCUGGAGAGCCAGAAAACUUCCGUUACGUGAGGCCAGGGCCUGGAACGUAUGGUCGAGUGCAAAGACGCUGAAACAACGCACCAUUGUUAUCACGAAAGCGGAGCAACGCAUCGAGAUGUUCAGUACGCGUCUACAGAAAUACAAGGUCGAUAUUUCCCAGCAGAUUUGGGAUAAGGCAUCGGAGCUCCGGCAGCAAUGCCGGAUUUUUGAGCAGACUGUGUUCGAUCGUGAAGAGGAGUUGUUCAAGAUCAGCGUCUGGCGAAGGCAGCAUCCUCCUCCUCGGCUUACCGGCACCGUUCGAAGCAAGAAGAGGAUCGCGCGGGUCCACGACAGUGAUGGCGGCGAAUCCAUUGGCAGUGAAUCAGAUGCCGCUUCCGAAGUUGACGGUUUUAUUGAGGAACCAGCCGUAACAGACGCAGAUGGCCCUGUAAUUCCUGCACUUGGAUCAGCUGAGGCUUCAUCAGAGUCCCUUCAACAGACCAUGGCAGAUCCUAAGCUUUCGUCACCUGACGAGCAUGAUAAUGAAGAGAGCUUGCCUGAGGCGAACGUUGACGACGAGAUGGAUGACGAGAUGGACGAGAAGAUGGACGCCGAUCUGGACGCCCUGCUAAUGCCAACAGAAGCUGCCGACACAGCUUCCGAAUACAUUCCAUCUACACACAGUAGUCCAGCACCACUGUUAAAGGCUAAAUCUGAGCCGCGGGUGUUGAAUCCCAUCCGGUCAACCGAAAUCAUCGACCUCACAAUCAGUUCAAGCCCGUCGAAAGCUUCCAGUGAGCCACCGACUGACAACGAAAGCCUUCGCAAGUCAGUUUCCCAGCGGUCUAAGUCUCUUACAGGUUCACCGGAACAUGCAAGUGUUGAGGAUGUUCGCGCAUGGCCUUGGAGCAUGCUCGAAGAACGCAAUGAUCGCAAGCGCCUUAUCAUCAAGUUACUUCGAACAAUGACGCAGCCAGCGGACUAUCAGUCUAUGAGAACAUAUCUCAAAGCUAAGACGGAAUCUGAGUUUACGACAAAAGUGGAGAACACGUUGAAUGAUAUGGAAAAGGGCCCAUCGGAUUCCGCCGAGGGCAAAUCUUCAGAGUCGAAGGCUAUCACCCGCUUUUCCCGUCUUUACAUGUGCUGGCACUUGUGCUCGCACCGGUUCUGGUCAGGAGAUAUAGCUUCGGAGAAGAUUAGGGCAUGCCAAGUCGAGACGUUUGAUAAGGAUUUUGAGCCGUUCUACCAGUUCCUGCGCAUCGUUUUAUUGCAUACCGAGGGACCCGCCGAAACCACUUCAGAGCAGCCAACGGCUGCUGUACAACCCCUGCCACGUCUGAAGAUUACUCACAGGUCGAGUCAAGAGCAACGAGAACUUAGCGAAGAGAUCUCACCGCCGUUGUGUCGCUCACCCGAAUUGGAAUUUUUCAACCAAGUAGGAGCGGCAUCCACGCCUCACCGAAAACGCAAACGCAACCUCCAAAAAAGCAGCUCAGCCCUUGCGGCCCAGCAAAGCGCGGCGGAGCGUCAACGUGCUCAAGCGGAACGCGAAAAGGAGCUCCGGGAGCAAUAUGGUAGCAACUUCAGCUUCGACGACAACAGAAUAAUUGUCAACACGGGCAAGUCCGAUGACGAGGCCUUCAUCUACAUCAAUCCACACAUUGGAGCAGACAUUAAGAAGCACCAGAUUGAGGGAGUUCAAUUCAUGUGGAGGGAGAUUGUCUCUGCCGGGGAUUCGGAAACGUCGGGUUGCCUGCUUGCUCACACUAUGGGCUUGGGGAAAACCAUGCAAGCGAUUACUUUACUGGUGACAAUCGCAGAAGCUGCGACAUCUGAUGACCCUGCUGUGUCUGAGCAGAUACCUGAGAAUCUACGCAAGUCACGAAGCAUGAUACUCUGCCCACCAUCUUUGAUUCUCAAUUGGCAGGACGAACUGCUCAGAUGGGCGCCUGAUCCAAGAGCAAAGAACAUUGGAAAGAUUCACUAUAUCACCUCAGAGAUCAAGCUACCCGAUCGACUUGAAGUAAUCAAUGAUUGGUACUAUGACGGUGGUGUGCUCAUUAUGGGCUACGAGAUGCUUCGGAUGCUUGUGGAAAACAAAAGCAAAGGCGGCCAGGGAUCUCUCGAUCCGCAGCAACAUGACAUCACCACCAAACAGUUGCUCAACGGUCCAAACAUCAUUGUGGCGGACGAGGCCCACAAACUGAAGAGGUCGACGACCGGUGUAUCAAAAGUUGCCGCAAGGUUCAAGUCCCGAAGUCGUGUAGCUCUUACUGGAUCUCCGCUUGCCAACAAUCUCGAGGAAUACUGGUCAAUGAUCAACUGGAUCUCCCCAGGCUACCUCGGUGACCUGCCAGAAUUCAGGUCUAACUACAAAGAACCCAUUGAAGAAGGACUCUACGCGGAGAGCACCCCAUACGAACAUCGUCGGGCUCUUAAGAAGCUUGCUGUCCUGAAGAACGACAUUGAUCCGAAGGUCAACCGCGCUGACAUCACAGUUUUAAAGGACAAUCUAAAACCAAAGAUUGAGUUCGUUGUCACCGUUCCACUCACACCUCUCCAAAAGGAAGCGUACGAGAUUUUUGUACGGUCUUUACUCAGUGGUCUAAGCGACGAUGUUGCCAACACGCGCCUUUGGAGCUGGCUCGCAAUUUUGAACCUCCUGUGCAACCAUCCGAAGACUUUUAUUGAUAAGAUCACGCAGAAAGACGUCAAAAAGCGUGACAAGCGGAGUGCGAUGCAACUGAAAGUCGCCGAUAAGCCUGAAGAUGAAGCAGUCGAUGCUGCCGAUAACUCGGAUGUUAUACCAUCGGAUGUCGACGUAUCAGAGCUGAAGCUCUCUACGUCGCUGAUGCAACAGCUGGAGCACCUGUUUGCCGCCAUCGACCGUCCUAUACGCUCGACAAAACAUUCACACAAGGUAGAGAUGUUUGUGAAGAUCCUAAGCCUCGCCAGGGAUGCAGGUGAUCGAGUCCUCGUCUUCUCACACAGCAUCCCGACCUUGGACUAUCUUGCCGAUUUGUUGACAAAGUUGAAGAAGCGAUUCGCUCGAUUGGACGGGAAAACCGGGAUGUCUCGCCGGCAGAAGUUGUCGAAAGAUUUCAACGACAGUGAUGACUACGAUGUCUUUCUUGUCUCAACUCGCGCUGGCGGAUUGGGCUUCAAUUUGCCAGGGGCCAACCGCGUAGUCAUCUUCGAUUUCAGCUUCAAUCCGACCUGGGAGGAACAGGCUAUUGGCCGCUCCUACCGCAUCGGCCAAGACAAGCCGGUCUUCGUAUACCGACUCAUGGCUGGAGGAACUUUUGAAACAAAGAUCUGGGACACAGCGGUCUUCAAGACGCAGUUAGCCUCUCGAGUAGUGGACCGGAAGAAUCCCAUGAGAUAUGCCGCAAGGUCACGAGAUAUGCUCUUCGAGCCGAAAUCCCUACCGCAGAUGGACCUCUCCGAAUACAAAGGGAAGGACCCCGACGUCCUCGACUAUAUUCUUGAAAGCAGCGAUAUAAUCCGUGCCAUUUCUACAACGGAGACGUUGCAAAAAGAGGCAGGCGACGACCUCACGGCCGAAGAAAAGGACGAGGUAGAGCAGAUGAUUGCGGAGGAGAAGCUCAAGAAGGAGAAUCCAGCACUAUGGAGAUCCAGACAAGCCCAGGCUGCACAAGCCGCACAAGCCGCACAAGCCGCUCGAGAUGAGUCGUGGCAACGCCAAUUCGCAGCACUUGUGGCCACUGGAAAUCAGCCAGGCCUUGCUGGGCAUAUGACAGAUUUGUCGGCAAGCCAAAUGUCGGCAAAUUCAGGGCCGUACCCUCUCACCGCAAAUUUUGCACCUGCAAACGUGACUCAACGGCACGAUUCCUCUACAACGCCGCCCAACGUGACAGAUAAAACUUUUAACCCGGCCAGUCUACCACACACUCCCUCAGCGCCAACGAUACACAUUCCGCCAAAGGCCACCACAGUUGCCAUUGACAGCGUUGAGGAAGGCGAUGCACCUGCUACUCAGUCUCCACCUCGGGUUGAGCAAGCGGCAACACUACCUUCAAGCUCGUCAGCCAUGACUUCCCCACGCGAUUCGCCUGACUCGGUAUUGGGACCACUCGUUGAGCCAGAUGCAAUCACGCCGCCUGCUACGGCAGAUACCGGGUCGACUCAGGCUCCCGCAGACACGUCGGGAAGAUCACCUUCAGUAUUCAGCCGGUUCACCGAAGCAGUCUUCAGGAUCCCGCGCCGCUGA